AUGGCCGCAGUGCUUGCCCCGCAGCCGCGCCAAGGUAUCCUCCUCAACCGCUCUCCGUCCGUAUCCCCCUACCGCCAUACAGCAUCCCUUCCCCCCCUCGUUCCGUCCAACGCCUCGCUCUCCUCUACGUCCUCGGCAUCCAACCCCAACACAUCCGACUCUGACUACGCCUCCUCGAGCACCCCUGCAUCUUCCAAUCGAGGGUCUCGUCCCCUGCGUCCACAGAAGCACCUGUAUCAACAAAAGCCCCGGGCAGGCUCUACGCCUACCUCGCGCCGCAUCCGCUUUGCACCCCUGCCCGACCCGCGUCGUGAGGAGUAUUUCACAGAUGGCGAGCACCCACUUCCCUCUGUAUUCCUCGAGGAUACGGACAGCCUAAAAUCUGAUCAAAACCACAACGCGUCCUCGACCGGGCAGGGCGGCUGCCUCAAGGACCAAGAAGUCAAGGCUUCAUCAGCUUCCCUGCUCUUCGGCGGUAACCCUCAUCUGAGGGCCCAAGCGUCAGAGUCCACUCCAACGCUUGCAAGUACCUCAACCAUAACAGCAAACCCUAACCCUACGGCGCAGGCAGGCAGUGCAUGUUCUGCCUCCGCGCCAUCGACGCUCGAAGGGGGCGACUGGAAUGUCCUCAGUCCCCGCCCUUCUUCAGUCAACCUACCAGAAGAUCCGCCCAGCAGGUCGAACAGCGCCCGGAAGAGCAAGUGGUCGAGGAAGCUCCUCGGCCCCUUACUCGCACCUCUUGCCAAGCCGAAUCGGUCCACAGAUGACCUUCGCACGCCGGGUUCUACCACUAGCCUGAACAGCACCCUGACGCUGCCGCAUAGUCCGGGUGUUGAGGGCUGUUCCAUUGGGCUCCAUUCCGGCGCUAAGGCAGGCGACAAGGAGAAACCGAAGAAGCCAAAGAAGAAGCGAGAGGACCCGGAAUGGGUACGCGAGUUCGGCAUGCCACUCUACCGCUGGUCAAGCGAGGGCGAUCCCCUCAUUCCACUCAACAACAAGGGCCAGCCAAUGACGAUCCCGGAGCUGAGAGACGCUGGACCCGACGUUUGGAGGAAGGCGGAGAUAGCAAGGGCGCGUAAGCGCAGCGGGAGCGGGACCAGGAUGUUGAACGGCAGAGUCUACGGUGCCAAGAGAAUGCACAACCAGAACGCGUUUGCAAACAUUAGAUCCGAAGAGCCAGAGUUCGUUGAGUGGGGUUUCGGCGGUAUGGGCAGCGUCCAGAAAGGAGGAGUAGGCGCAGGUAUUUGGGCGAAGGUGCAGUCAACCGGCGGCGUAAGUGUUGGAGCGCACGACAGUACGAGCCACCAUCGUCCAGCAAAGACAGAAAGUGGAGGAAGAUUAGGGGGCGACGACGACGACGGGGACGGCAGCGGAAUGGGAUGGGUGAAGCGGCGCAGGGAGCAGCGCGAGAAGGAGAAGAGAGAGCGCGAAGCCAGAGAGCGCGAGCAGGCGAGCAAGCAGGAGGAAGUGCAGGUUGUCGAGGCGAAAGAGCGCGCCUCAGAUGUCGCGGAGUCGUUCCCGGGCGACAGGGAUCCCCAUGCAAGUAUAUCCGACCCGGAACCGCCGCAGAAGGACGCAGAAGGGCAUGCUACCCCGCUCGUCCUCACGUCGUCGCCGGCCACAAUAACUUCAGCGCUGCCCGGAGCAAGCACACCUUCGACAGAAGAGAAACACGUACUCACCGCCGUGUCUCUCCCCCCCGCGCACACACACCACCACCAUCAUCAUACGCACUCGCACUCGCGGAGCACGCUGGAGAGGGCACCGAGUAUGGUCGCUUCAGUGAAGGGCGAGCCGGAGCGCAGAGACAGCGCGGAUACCGCGCGCGGGGUGCCUGUAGCCACCGAUCACGUGCACGUGCACCAGCCAUCGAUCGUGGAUGACGCGGGCGUAGUGGGUGAAGUUAGACGCGCGGACAGCGUCCGGUCAGAGGCAAGCCAUACGUCCAGCUCGAGCACGAGUGAGGAUGCGGACGAGGGCGACAACGAGGAAGAGGACUUGGAGAGCCCGAAGGAUGAGGAAGAAGACGAUGACGAUGACGAUGAGCUCGAGGAGUCUCGUCUCACUGCUCUUGGCGCGGGUGUCGAGAAGAUCAGCAGACACCGGGCGAGCACGCCCGUGCAGGAUGCCGAGACGAGCUAAACGCACUCGUUCUUGGUGUCUGGUCUC